UCAGAAACCACGUUUCUCUGAGUCAGAGCAGACUCCAAGGUACCAGCGUGAAUCAGCCGAGCCCAUUCUGAAGAAGCUGAACGGGUCGUUUUACCACGUAAUACCCACAUACAAAGCGCGUUGCUUUGUUUGACAAGAGGACGCGAUGUCCGGGCUGAAGAAACGGAGUUCAAAUGCAUCCACGGAACGGGAUGAAGACGACAAGCAGGUGACGGAGAAGAUGCUCACGGGCAGGGGUGGGAACGGCAACACAAGCCCAUCAGGAGACAUCACGCCUGGAAGCCCGAGCACAGAUAUCAGCCCUGCGGAUGGAGAAGAGACAGUCGUACUGAAAAGAACUAUAACUCUGGUUAACGGCGUGGCCAUUAUUGUGGGCACUAUCAUUGGCUCUGGCAUCUUCGUGACUCCAACCGGAGUGGUGAAAGAAGCCGGUUCGGUCGGGCUAUCGCUGGUUGUCUGGUCGGUGUGCGGCGUCUUCUCCACUAUAGGAGCGCUGUGCUACGCCGAACUGGGGACCACCAUCACCAAAUCAGGGGGUGACUACGCUUACAUCCUUGAAGUUUACGGCUCCCUGCCUGCAUUUCUGAAACUGUGGAUCGAGCUGCUCAUCAUCAGGCCGUCUUCGCAGUAUAUUGUUGCCUAUGUUUUCGCUACAUACAUCCUGAAGCCUAUCUUUCCCGUCUGUCCAGUCCCUGAAACAGGGGCUAAGCUGGUGGCUUGUCUGUGUAUACUGUUGUUGACCGCUGUCAACUGCUACAGCGUGAAGGCCGCCACAAGGGUUCAAGAUGCCUUUGCCGCUGCUAAGCUACUCGCUUUGGGCCUCAUCAUCAUUAUUGGGUUUGUGGAGAUCGGCAAAGGUGAUACCGUUGAGCUUCUCCCUGAAAAUUCGUUCAAAGGAAGCAACACAGAUUUUGGCAACAUCGGAUUGGCUCUUUACAGUGGGCUGUUUGCUUACGGAGGAUGGAAUUAUCUGAAUUUUGUCACAGAGGAGAUGAUUGAGCCAUACAAAAAUCUGCCUCGGGCCAUCAUCAUUUCGCUCCCCAUCGUCACCGUUGUCUAUGUGCUGACCAACCUGGCCUACUUCACCACACUCAGUCCAGAGAAAAUGCUCUCAUCUGAGGCCGUUGCUGUGGACUUUGGAAACUACCACUUGGGUCCAAUGGCUUGGAUAAUCCCUGUGUUUGUUGGCCUGUCCUGCUUUGGCUCUGUGAACGGCUCUCUGUUUACUUCAUCUAGGCUGUUCUUCGUGGGCUCCAGAGAAGGUCAUCUUCCCAGUUUGUUGUCCAUGAUCCACCCUGACCUGCUGACUCCUCUGCCUUCACUCAUAUUUACUUGCAUCAUGACUCUCCUGUACGCGUUCUCCAACGAUAUUUUCUCCGUCAUCAACUUCUUCAGCUUCUUCAACUGGCUCUGCAUUGCGAUGGCCAUCGUUGGAAUGAUGUGGCUGCGCUACAAGAAACCCGAGCUGGAACGACCAAUUAAGGUCAAUAUUCUGCUGCCCAUUGUGUUCGUGCUGGCGUGUCUGUUCCUCAUCGUGGUGUCCUUCUGGAAGACCCCUGUGGAGUGUGCUAUAGGGUUCGGGAUCAUCGCUACAGGAGUUCCUGUCUAUUUUUUCGGCGUUUGGUGGCAGACGAAGCCGAAAUGGCUCCUGCAGAUCAUCUUCUCAUCCACAGUGAUGUGCCAGAAGAUGAUGGAGGUGGUACCCCAGGAGUCCUGAAGCGGCUGUUCUCCUCAUCUCCACCUCAGACUACAAUUUACUGUAUCCAUCUCUCCUCGCGUGAGCCAGAAAAACAGUCUUAUCCUGCUGACACAGACAAAAAAAAUCUAUAUUCAUCACCACAUUCGAAAACACAAAAACAUCAGUGGUCACAUGAGCAGUUCAGUCGAGAUAUAGAUUUUGUCGGUCCUUCCUGUAUUAUACUGUAUACAUUCAGUUCUCCAGUUGCAAGUUUUCAGUCAGGAUUUUUGGUUCGUUUUAUAUGUAUUUUUGUAAACCAUUGGAGAAGCGUGUCAUUUGAAUCUCCGUGUGGACAUAAUUUCAUUUAGGGCCUCUGAUUUUUACCUUUCUGUUUCAUGCCUUUGGCUUUUGUUUUGUAAGUGAGUGGCUCAUGCAGAUACGCUAAUGUCUAUUGAGGCGAAAUUUAUGAUUCUCAUCUAGGGGUGUGCGAUAUUUAUCUUUAAUGAUAGUAUGGUUUUUGUUUUAAUAUAACGUAAGCUGACAUUACGCCAAAAAAACAAACAAAAACAUUAAUUGUGUAGGGGAAAAAGCAUAUUUGAAUGAAGUUAUUAAUAAGACAUUAAUAUGGAGUGAGUUAUAUUUUAGACGUUAAAAGCUAGAAAAGAAAAUUUAGUGCAACACUUUUGCGUGGUUUGAUCUGAAUGAAUCUGUUUUUGAACGAAUCAUUUGAGUCGAUUCAAUAAUCCAUUCAAAUACACUGAAAAUUGCUGGCUUCCACACAUAUCUUUCAUGUUGUCACAACUAUUAAGUAGAUUGAGCAAAAAACAAUUAAGUUGUCUCCAAAAAAUCUAAAGAGUUGUGUUGUUUCAGCUGAUUUUAAUUAAGUAGUUUGACAAAAAAAGCAACAAAAAUAUUUUUUGAGUGUAGUCGCUUGCUUUAUUUCUAAAUGAGUCAGCCUUUUUGAACGAUUCAUUGAGUCACUCUUUAAGACAGGGACUUGUCAUAGUCUAAAAGCAUAUUUCUUUUAUUUAUUUGUCCAUGACAGUCCUAAACCAGCACAAAAACACACAAAUGCUAAAUAUAUGUACAUUUUCUUUAUAAAAUAAAAUUUAGCGCUACACUUGUGUGAUUUGUUCCAGAAUAAAUCUGUUUUUGAACGAAUCACUUCAGUCGAUUCAGUAAUUCAUUCAAUUAUACACUGUGAAAAAUGCUGGCUUCCACACAAUUCCUUUAUGUUGUCCCAACUUUUUAUAAAACUAUAAGUGGAUUGAACAUAAACCAAUUAAGUUCCCUUUAAAAAGAUCUAAAGAAUUGUGUUGUUUCAGCUGAUUUUAAUUAAGUAGUUUGACAAAAAAAGCAGCAAAAAUAUUUUUGUAGUCACUUGCUUUAUUUCUAAAUGACUCAGUGUUUUUGAAUGAUUCAUUGAAUCGCUCUUUAAGACAGGCACUUGUGGCAGCCUACUGCCAUUUUUUAUUUAUUUAUUUAUGACAGUCCUAAACCAGAACAAAAAACAGCAUUUCUUAACGAUUUAUUGAAUCGCUCAUUAAGACAGGGACUUGUCGCAUCCUAUUGGUAUUUUUUAUGCUUAUUUAUCCAUGACAGUCCUAAACCAGCACAAAAACACACAAAUGCUAAAUAUUUGAAUUUCCUUAUCAAAUAAAAUUUGAUGCCAUACUUGUGUGAUUUGUUCCCAAAUGAAUCUGUUUUUGAACAAAUCACUUGAGUCGAUUCAAUAAUCCAUUCAAACACACUGUAUAAAAGGCUGGCUUCCACACAAGUCCUACAUGUUGUCGGAUCUUAAUUGUUUUUACAACCAAUAAGUGGGUUGAACAUAAAACAAUUACAGUUGAAAUCAGAAUUAUUAAAUGCCCUUUGAUUUUUUUUUCUUUUUUAUAUAUUUCCCAAAUGAUGUUUAACAGAGCAAGGAAAUUUUUAACAGUAUUACCUAUAAUACUUUUUCUUCUGGAGAAAGUCUUAUUUGUUUAAUUUCAGCUAGAAUACAUUUUUUUAAAAACCAUUUAAGGUCAAAAUUAUUAGACCCUUUAAGCAAUUUUUUUUCAAUAGUCUACUGAACAAACCAUCAUUAUACAAUAACUUGCCUAAUUACCCCAACCUGCCUAAUUAACCUAGUUAAGCCUUUAAAUGUCACUUUAAGCUGUAUAGAAGUGUCUUAAUAAUAUCUAGUCAAAUAUUAUUUACUGUCAUCAUGGCAAAGAUAAAAUAAAUCAGUUAUUAGACAUGAGUUAUUAAAACUAUUAUGUUUACAAAUGUGUUGAUAAAAAUCUUCUCUCUGUUAAACAAAUUUGGGGAAAAAAAUAAACUGAGGGGAGGGGGGUAAUAAUUCAGGGGGUUUAAUAAUUCUGACUAAUUAAUAAUGAAAAAUUGAAUGAAUUGUAUUGUUUGAGCUGAUUUUAGCUGAAGUAGUUUAACAAAAAAAGCAGCAAAAAUAUUUUUAGAGUGUAGUCGCUUGCUUUAUUUCUAAAUGACUCAGCGUUUUUUGAACAAUUCAUUGAAUCGCUUUUUAAUACAGGCACUUGUGGCAGCCUACUGGCAUUUUUUUUUAUUUAUUUAUCCAUGACAUUCCUAAACCAGCAUGAAAACACACAACUGCUAAAUAUUUGUACAAUUUAUUCAUUAAAAAAAUCCCUAAAUAUAUCGCACACCCCCAUUCAAGACCCUGACAGGCAAAUUGUCAGAUAUUUAGAUUGCAGCAUGUCAUAUUAUAUCUUCUCACACGUUCUUUUCAACAGCAGAUUUGCUGUGCCUUGCGAGCCUCUGUAGAAAUGUAUUAUUUUUUGAGAUCAAGUUGGUAUGACUUUAUACAAAUUUAUUUUUUUAUAGCUUAACACCGUUUUUUUAAGAGAAUUUCAAAGGAAUCUCCUUUUUUGGGCUACAGUCCUUUAAUCAUGUAUUAAAUUGUUUUUAUUAUUAUUGAUAUUACAGAAGGCGUAGACUUACAGUAUUCAAUAUUUCAUCCGAAUACAUAGCCUUGCUGCUUACCUCAGUAAAUCUACAGUACUUUACAUUCUGGCUGUAUUUUUUCAUGCCUAAUUAUGAUUUCAUAAAGCACAAAAUAUAUGAGGUGAUAAUAUUCCCUCAGAGACAAUUGUUUUAAACUAUUUAGCUUUUUUUUCUCGCAUAUAUAUGUGAAGUGCGUAACACUGGACCACAUAUUUCAUUUCUUUUCCCUUGUAGGAUAUUGCUUGCUGCAGUUACAGAAGCUUUUUAAAGAAACAUGGUCAUUGUUUAAAAUAGUUUGUAGCUUUUGUAUGAUCUGCAUCUUUUUAUUAUGCCAUCAAGGUAUCUUUUUACAAAAAAUCCCAUUAUGAAGAGGGUUUAGUGCCUCGUCAGUUUGCAAACUGAACAAAUCUGAAUGAUUCUGCUGUUAAAUACUAUAUGCAUCAUUAUAUUUCAUGGCAGUGUUUUUGUUGGGGUUAUGCUAGUUUGGUUUAAUGGUUAUUUGUUCCUAUACUGGACCAAAAUCGUCAGUAUGUGUGUGAAAAUGCACAGAGAGAAACACUAGGGGUGAUUUGGGUCAUGGACGAGAUGUUAUUUUUGGACAAAAUAGAUUUUCUUGAGGACUACAGAAGCAGUACCAGGACUUCUGGAUAGAAGGACUAUUAAAAUCUGCUUUUUUUUAAUGAUAUGUGUUUUAGCGAGUGUCUAGAUAAUGAAGCUUUGUAUCAUUUAGAGAACUACAGCAGUUUGACUAACACUCCAGCCAACAAGAGCAUCUUAUCUAAUUUAAUUAGUUAUGUAGAAAUUUAAGAUACAGUAUGUAUUUAUUUAUUAUUUGUAGAGUCAUUCAGUUAGUGCUCUAAUCAUUUUUCAGGGCAUUUUUUUCUAUAAAAAAAGAGAAAUGCUAAAAAUGAAUUGUUACUGAUAUUUCUUUCUCUUUGUUUUUAUAUUUGUGUUUUUAUUAGAUUUUUUGUUGUCGUUGGUGAUUUUUAAAUGUGUUUUUAACUGAUGGCUUGGCUUCGUUUCCAUUGUUGGCCAUUAAUAUAAAAAUAACUGCAGAUAACCUGAGUUUGCCCUUAACAUGAUGUUUCAUUAAAAGUGUAAAAUUAUAUAUACAGCAAUGGAAAUAAUUAAGAGACCACUCGAAAAUUCCCUGAAUUUAUGAUAGAUAGUUGCUUCUUUAAUUAAAAAAAGUUUUCUGUUUAAACUGUAAACUGCUUACAACAUUCCUUUCUAAUUUAAAAUAAAAAUGUAUUAAAUUAGAGCAUUUUUAUGUAUUAAAUAAAUAUAAUUUAAAAUAAUUAAUUUUUAGACUUCAGUUGAGGUGAGAACAUCAAUAUUUGAUUGAAUAACCUUGAUUUUAAAUCACAAUAAAUGAUAUAGUUGUCAUUUUUUUGUUUGCGGAUUCUAAAAAUGUAACGUCCAUACACGUAUAUAUCACUUGGAAACUGUAAUGAGUCUGGAAACAACAGAGUUGAGGAUCCAAAUGCAGUUUAUUAAGAAUCGUCAAGCAGGCAAAGGUUAUAACAGGGACAGAUGGGAGCAUGCAGAUAAUCCAAAACGGUAUCAGAAAAGCAGGCGAAUAGUCAGGACAGGCGGCAAAAAAACGUAAACCAUAAAACAAAGCAAAGGACAAAAAGGAAACGCUUCAUAAUGCUCAAUUACAGUUUACAAGACUCAGCCAUGAUGUGUGUGUGUCUGCUGUUUUUAUGGUUCAUCUGAUUAGUCCAUCAUGAGCUUCCAGCUGUGUGUGUAAUCGGGGAAUCAGGAACUGGUGUGUGUAAGGUGCAUGAUGGGAGGUGUAGUUCAUUAAAUUGGCAGAUGUGUAGUUCUCCAGCGAUCUGCACAGGCUAGAUCAUUGGUAAUCUUGACAGAAACAGGUGAAAUUGUUAAAACGGUGUUCUACAUAUGCCAGACCUAUAUGUGGCGUUGUAAGCUAACACACUUUUUCUUAAGAGACAGACAUAAACACAAGAAGAUGAUGACAAACACACAUUCAUUAAUUCAUUUUGAUUAAUUCAUUUUCGUUUACUUUUCGGCGAAGUCCCUUUAUUAAUCUGGGGUCGCCACAGCUGAAUGAACCGCCAACUUAUUCAGCGUAUGUUUUGCCCUUCCAGUUGCAACCCAUCACUGGGAAACACCCAUACACUCAUUUACACACACACUAUGGCCAAUUUAGCUUACCCAAUUCACCUAUAGUGCAUGUCUUUGGACUUGUGGGGGAAACUGGAGAAAUGCCAACUGACCCAGCUGAGGCUCGAACCAGCGACCUUCUUGCUGUGAAGCGUUCAUGCUACCCGCUGCGCCACCGUGACGCCCACGAACGCACAUUUAUCUAAUAAUAUUUGAUGUGUGUAAUGCGUCUCUGCUAGUCGUUUUUUGAUACAGCAUUGCUAAGUUUUGUUGUAAUAGUGUUAUAAACUUAGCAGCGCUAGUGUCAGUCUGUAGUUUGCAUUGUUGUUGUUGCCCAUUGUCAUCCUUCUGGUUGCGUGCUACGGUGACGUCAUCAUUUCUUAAAAAUAGUGGUUUACAUAUCUAUAAGGCCUUAUUCACACUACGAGCGUCUCACAGCGGCAAAUCGACAAGCGACUGUUUAUUUCAAUGGUUAGUGAGCGACAGCGUCCAUUAGUGACCAGGUGGGCAUGUCGAGCGAUGUGACAAAGUUGAGAUUAUUCGACUUUAUACAAAUGAAGAGCGAAUAUAUUGAGUGACAGCCAAUAGGAGCACCAGUAGAGCUCACAUGAUCUUCUCUCAGCUCGCUCAGAGGUCGGUUGUAUUCUCUGUGCUGUAUAUACCUUAGGUCUUUUAGAGAUUUUGAUCACUGUAAUCCAUUAUACAAACAAGCUAGUUUGAGGGCAAUGACAACAAUGGUAUUGCGCGGACGAACGGCUGAAAUGGUAUUACAUUUUUGCAGAUUGACCUAAAUUAGUUGCCAAAGUGAGUUUUAAAUGUGUACUAAAUUGUUUAGCCUAGUGGUUAGUGCGUCAACACAUAGCACAGAGGUGCUCACGGCGACCCAAGUUUGAUUCCCAGCUUGAGUUGUUUUGCCGACCCUUCCACUAUCUCUGCUCCCCAUACUUUCUUGUCUGUAAAUCUCCACUGUCCCAUCACAAAAAAUGAAAAAAAAUAAUUAUUAAAAAAUAUAUAUUGUAUUAAAUUUGUUUACAUUUCAUGCAAUCUUCGUAGAAUAAAAUAUGCGCAAUACGCAAAUCCAUACCAAAUAAAUCCAGAGAAUUUUCCAAAGAUUUUGGUCUCUCUAUUUUCCUCGUAAGCUUCUCUCAUUUUUUAUAUAUAUGAUUUACCUUUAUGCCAGAAAAUAUGAACAACCAUGACAGGCAUGCAGAUGCCUUUGCCUGAGGGCAGACUCGACCUUUCAUCAGUUCAUUUUGAAGUCUGUUUGAGAAACAACUGUGUUUCUGUGUGAUCUGGACUCUGGUGUUCUGAUGUUAAAAAAUCUGUCCCGUCUUCUCCGUGAUGUCCAGUGAAAUUCUACUAUGAAGAGAUCCUGAACAGUUUGUAAUAUGUCUACUGUACAAAAUGUUAUUUGUUUUUUUUUAGAAAUGAAACAAGUGAUUUUUACUUUGCCGCUGGAUAUUUUGUUGAGUAUUCGGAGAAAUAAAACAUGAAUGCAUUCACAA